UACAGUUUUUUGUGCACUCAUCUUGUGUUGUUGGUUUUGACCUUGUGUGGUGGUUUUAUUUGUUCUUACUGUACUGUACACACAUUUAAAUGCAUGGAACAGCAUAUUAAGUGUUUGUCAUUGUUGUGUCGAUUUUGUGGGAGGAGGGUUAUAACUGAAUUGGGAAAGAAGGGGCAUUCGUAUAGUGUAUCAACCUACCAUCAGAUAAUUCUAGAGAAAUUUAAUAUUGACAUUUCAGAGGACACUUUAGAUAUACACCCAAACAAAUUUUGCAGCACAUGCUAUUGCCAUCUCACAAUCAAGAAACCAUUACAUUGGACACCAAAAAAAUGGGACACACAUAGGAGAACAUCACACUGUCAUACAUGUACACAUUUUAAAGAAACACAAACACCAGGCAGACCAAAGAAAAGAAAAGCUGGUGGCCGCCCCCCUGCAACAACAACACCCCAGUCUCACUUUUCUCAAUUAGGAGUAUCACUAUCAGGAACAACAGACAAUCAAAAAUACAACAUCAAUCAAGACACAUUUCACAUUGAUAAUUCACUACAAUUCCUUUUGUGUUGUGUUUGUAGGUCUGUUGUGUCAUGUCCUGUCGAGUCACCUUGUAACCACCUGUUUUGUCUUGACUGUAUAUCGUCUCUCUUUGUCAAAGUGUCUGUUAGCUGUCCUCUUUGUAACAUUCAAUUUCAUUAUUCUCAAACACACACACCAGCCGCAUACAUCAUCACAUUACUACAAAAUCUUCAUGUUCAGUGUUCACAUUGUAAAACAUCCCUUCACUACACCCAAACAUCAGGCCAUUCGUGUCAUACUCGUGUAAACUGUGACCAUACAUACGCAAAAUGUACGCAAAUGGACCUCAACACCCAACAACGCCGGCAGAUAGCCUCUGAAUACCUCAAAUGUCAGAUGGCCAAGUCACAUGAUGGUAUGUCAGCCAGCAUAGGUUUAGCAGGUCGUGGAAAGGUAAAUGCAAAAGUCUUAUCUCCUAGCUACCGGUAGUUUAAAGUAACAAUCAUCAUCACAUAUUUCAAACUUGCAGAAGAUUUUGUGGAAGACGAACAAGUUAGGGUCUCAAAAUAUAUCAUUCUCUUUAUC